GGAACAGCUGAUCGGUGUCUGAAAAAGAAGAAGAAAAUUAGUCAUCAAACAAAAAGUUAAAACGAAAUUAGCUGGAAAGUCCGUGGAUUUCAGGUCAAUUUUGGCACUUCAAAGAUAAAAACCAAUCAAAAUGAAUCGCCUUUUCGGUCGUGGCAAGCCCAAAGAACCGGGUCCAAGCCUAACUGAUUGCAUAUCCGGAGUUGAUGCCCGAGCCACAAACAUUGAGGAGAAGAUCAGCAAGUUGGAAGCUGAGCUGCGCAAAUACCGCGAGCAAAUGUCCAAGAUGCGCGAAGGUCCUGCAAAGAAUUCCGUCAAACAAAAAGCACUGCGAGUUCUUAAACAAAAGAAAGCCUACGAACAGCAGGCGGAAUCUCUUCGCAACCAGUCGUUCAACAUGGAACAAGCCAACUAUGCGGCCCAAUCCUUGAAGGAUACUCAGGCUACGGUAGCAGCGAUGAAGGAUGGAGUUAAGCAGAUGAAGACCGAGUACAAGAAGAUCAACAUUGACCAGAUCGAGGACAUCCAAGACGACAUGGCUGAUAUGUUUGAGCAGGCGGACGAGGUGCAGGAGGCUCUGGGACGCACCUAUGGCAUGCCGGAGGUGGAUGACGAUGAUCUGCAGGCCGAGUUGGACGCACUGGGGGAUGAGAUUGCCCUGGACGAUGACACCAGCUACUUGGAUGACGUGGUCAAGGCUCCAGAGGCGCCGAGUCGAGAGCCGGGAGCCGAUAGCAUUGUUCCUGGAAAGAGCACUAUUGAAACGGAUGAAUUCGGGUUGCCCAAGAUCCCCACUUCUUUGAAAACCACAUAGGCAAGAAGCUGCCACCUCUCAGGUUUCCAUUCUGCAUCCUUUGUUGAACUUUGGGCACGCUUUGUAUAUUUUUUGUAAUGAAACCAUCAAAGAUUUCCUCUCAACCUCACUUUUGUACCCAUUUGUUUUUUUCAAUAAAUAGCCGCGUAAAUAUCACGCCACUGUAAUACAGAAA